UUGCCUCUCCUUUUCACCCGUUCCUCGUCUCCCUCCUGCGGUCCUGCCCCCCCUCCCCUGCAGCCGCUCCCUCCAUGGCGUCCUUCGUCGUGCACCACCACGGUUCGCCGCUGGACAGGGAGGGCAAGGUCAAGAUGUCCGCCCUGGCCCUGAGGAGUAGCCUCAGGCCGUGCGAGGCCGCCGAGGAGGUCGGGGCCGGGCAGGCGUGGUGCAGAGGCGCGGACAUGGGCAUCGCCGCCUUUGCCGAUGAGUUCUCCGUGGAGGACUUGCUGGACCUCGAGGACCUCUGCGAAGUUGACAAGGACUGCGCCGAGCUGGGCGACACGGUGCCGGCGGCGGAGUCUGUGCAGGAAGAGGACAAGGUGUCCAGUGACUCCCACGGGUCGUCGGUGCUGUCCUACGAGCUCAUGACGCUCCCGGUUCCGCACCCGAUGAUUGACCUCCCGUUGCCGGCCCAUGACGCCGAGGAGCUGGAGUGGGUGUCCCGUAUCAUGGACGACUCGCUCGCCGAGCUCCCGCCGCCACCGAAGCUACCCGCGGCGCCGUUGGGAGCUGCGCGGCGGCCGCUGGAAGGCGCAGUGGCAGGCCCUAUGCGGAGCCCGACCACGACCAUAUGCGCGCUGUCGACGGAGGCGCUAGUGCCGGUGAUGAGGGCGAAGCGCAGCAAGCGCUCGCGUGGCUCCGUGUGGUCGCUGUCCGGCGGAGCGCCCCUGUCGGAGUCGACAUCGUCGUCUUCCACGGCCACCACGUCGUCCUGCUCCUCGUCCGCCUCUUUCUCGCCGCUGUUACUCCUUCCGGCGGACCCGUCCCUCGUCCUGUCCUCGCACCUCCUCGACGAGACGCCGCGGCCCAAGAAGAAGUCCAAGCACGGGAAGCAUGGCAAGAGCGGCAAGCCCAAGAAGCGCGGCCGCAAGCCGAAGCACCACCCCAAGCCGCCCCAGUUCUCGGGCGGCGCCGCCUACGCGCCGGCCCAGGGCGACCGGCGCUGCAGCCAUUGCGGCGUGCAGAAGACGCCGCAGUGGCGCGCGGGCCCCGAGGGCGCCAAGACGCUGUGCAACGCGUGCGGGGUCCGUUACAAGUCCGGGCGGCUGCUCCCGGAGUACCGUCCGGCUUGCAGCCCCACCUUCGUGAGCAGCAUACACUCCAACUCCCACCGCAAGGUGCUGGAGAUGCGCCGCAAGAAGGAUGGCGACCUUGGCCAGCUCCCGCUCCCAGUCCCGGCCGCGCUUCUGCUUGGGCCGGCCGUCGAGUCGUUCUAGCCGGCGCUGUACAUUUUUUCGUCCGCGGGUGGAGCUGUUUAACCUGCUGUACCGUACUUGGUUUUUUUUUCUUUCUCUUCCACUUCUAUAUUUAGUAGUUGUGCUGUACUAUUUAGCUAGAGCUCUGAAUUGUAGAAGCUUUAUUAGGUCGAGUUAGGUAGUAGAGAUUAAGAUUUCCAUGGUUGAUUAGGAUUGUUAGGGUAUGUAUGGCCAUAGUACUUGUGGUAGUAGUUAAGAACUUGGUGAGGUGUUUGGCCUGACCUACGAGGAAUGAUGUUGUCAUGUCGAGGCGCUGCUGGCACCAGUGACAAGAAAGUUAGGCGUGCCUUGGCGCGGAACAUGGAACUGUCUGCCUUGUUGUAAUCGAGAGUGUCAGGCGAGUAAGAAAGUGAUUGUUUGCAUUGCCA